UGAAGUAGGCCGACUCGAACUGGCUCCUCCAUACAUCUUCAUACCUCUCCUCGCAGCUGCGUGAUUUGGCCGUUGAUUUGACAUUCUUUUACCGGUGUUCGGCAGAGGCCAUUGUCCUUUUUUUCCAACAAGUAAUUCUUCAAUUCACCGCUACAAGAACACACUUGUAUUCAAGAUGUCGCCUCUGCUGCCUGUCGCCGUGUAUGGCCUCGAGGUCCCUACCGGCGGAGUGCUGGUCCCCGCCGAGAUCGAGUUCCCAGCAACGAUUCGCAUCACUAUGGCGGCCAUUGACCCCACCGCGGAGCCCGAGACCGACGGUCAGGGCAACGUCCCUUCAGUCCCUCGCUCGACACUGAAAAUAUACAAGGCCGCUGUUGAUGACGAGGAGGAUGAUGACUAUUUUGAGUCGCUCCUUGGCGGUGGUGAUGAUGAGGAGUCAGACGAGGAGGACGAGGAGGUCAACGGCGGCCCCAGCGAUCCCUCCAAGUCUAAGAAGGCCCGCCGGGAGGCUGCCAUCAAGAAGCUCCUCGAGGCCACCAAGGAAGGCUCGGACGACGAGAUGGAGGAUGCCGACGCGAAGCCCAAUGGUGCCAAGAACAAGGGCAAGGCCAAGGCCAACGAAGAGGACGAGGAGAGUGAUGAGGAUGACGAGGAUGAGGACCUCAACAUGGAGGAAUACGUUGUGUGCACUCUCGACACCGAGCGCAAUUACCAACAACCCAUCGACAUCACCAUUGGCGAGGGCGAGAAGAUCUUCUUCAGCGUUAAGGGCACCCACUCAAUUUAUCUCACUGGCAAUUACGUCGUCCCGCAGGACGAGGAGGAAGACGACGACGAGGAAGAGUCGGACGACGAGUACGACCUCCCUCCUGGCAUGGAGGACGAGGACUCGGAUGAGAUGAGCGACGAGCUGGAUCAUGUGGACGGCGCGGCCCGUGUCGAGGAGAUCGACACUGACGAGGAGGAGGAGGCUCCCAAGCUUGUUGAGGCCAAGAAAGGCAAAAACAAGCGUCCCGCCGACGAGGAUGCCGAGAAUCUCGACGAGAUGAUGGCCAAGGACGAGAAGAAGCUCAGCAAGAAGCAGCAAAAGAAGCUCAAAAACAACCAGGGCGAGGCCGUCGCCGCUGAGGCCAAGGCUAAGGAGUCUCCGGCGGCCAAGGGUGACAAGAAGGUCCAGUUCGCCAAGAACUUGGAGCAGGGCCCGACCGGUCCGGCUAAGGACAAGGCCGAGAACAAGGGCGACAACAAGGGUGACAAGAAGGGCACUCUCGGUGUGAAGGUUGUACAGGGCGUCACUAUUGACGACCGCAAGCUUGGUACUGGCCGUACCGUGAAGAACGGCGACAGGGUCGGCAUGCGCUACAUUGGCAAACUCCAGAACGGCAAGGUGUUUGACGCCAACAAGAAGGGCGCACCGUUCACCUUCAAGAUCGGCAAGGGUGAGGUCAUCAAGGGCUGGGACAUCGGCAUUAUCGGUAUGGCGGUGGGCGGCGAGCGCCGCCUUACCAUCCCCGCCCACCUGGCCUACGGUAGCCGGUCUAUGCCUGGCAUCCCGGCGAACAGCACGCUCGUCUUUGACGUCAAGCUCCUUGAGAUCAAGUAAAGUGUUCAAACUCGAGCAAUUGUUGGAGGUUUGGCAGGAUCUGCCAUCUCUCGGUAUCCUGAGCGCGGCGUCGGUCGUUGCGGGUUCCUUGUACUUUAUGAGGGUUCUGUUUCUCAUGGCUCACUAAUGCUCAAGAGGGUCGGCGCCUAUUCUCUUUUCUAUCUUACUGUCGCCGCGGUGGGUCAAUACACAGCACCCUGCGGACCUCUGACCUGGCGCGGUUUGCGGGAGGACCCUUUGCUUUUUGGGGAGCAGACGGCUCAUUUGACGGGAUGACGAGGUCUACAUUGCUUCAGGGUCGGCGAACUGAAAAGUCGUUGGGACGGUUAUCUUUCUCUUUGUCAUGUCCUGCUUUCUCUGUCCAUAGGUGCAAUAUUGUCUCGGCAAAUUUCGAGAUUUACCUGAUCAUCCACCCUACUACUCUUUUGCUGCUCAGGGC